AUCGACCCGGAAGGGUGGAUGCUCAGGGCUGGAGAGAAAGGCAAGCUUGGUGGCGGGAACUUUUUAUUGGCAAGCGGCACAAAGCGAAAGAAAUUUGGAUCUCCAAUUCAGUUUUAGAAUGGCAUCUCUUUCAGAUCUAACUGAGGAGUUGGAUUCCGUGAACAACGAGCUACAUGCAGUAGACAUUCAAAUUCAGGAACUUCUGGAAAGGCAACAAGAGCUCACUCAGAAAAAAAACACUCUAACAAACAGAAUAAAACAUUGUUUGGAGGAUUCUGAUGCUGGGGGAAGCAAUGAAUGUGAUUCUUCACCUGCCUCUUGGAAUAAAGAAGAUUUUCCAUGGUCUGCUAAAGUUAAAGAUGUUCUGCAAAAUGUCUUCAAACUGGAGAAGUUCAGACUGCUUCAGCUUGAAACUAUUAAUGUAACAAUGUCUGGAAAGGACAUAUUUCUUGUUAUGCCUACAGGAGGUGGGAAGAGCUUAUGCUACCAGUUACCAGCGUUGUGUUCAGAUGGCUUUACACUUGUGAUUUGUCCAUUGAUCUCUCUUAUGGAAGACCAAUUAAUGGUUUUACAACAAUUAGAAAUUUCUGCUACCAUGUUAAAUGCUUCUAGUUCUAAGGAGCAUGUGAAAUGGGUUCAUGCUGAAAUGGUAAAUAAAAACUCCAAGCUGAAGCUAAUUUAUGUGACUCCAGAGAAAAUUGCAAAAAGCAAAAUGUUUAUGUCAAGACUAGAGAAAGCCUAUGAGGCAAAGAGACUUACCCGAAUAGCUGUGGAUGAAGUUCACUGCUGCAGCCACUGGGGUCAUGAUUUCAGACCUGAUUAUAAGGCACUUGGUAUCUUGAAGCGGCAGUUCCCAAACACAGCGCUAAUUGGGCUGACUGCGACAGCAACAAGUCAUGUUUUGAAGGACGCUCAGGAAAUAUUGUGUGUUGAAAAGUGUUUCACUUUUACAGCUUCUUUUAAUCGGCCAAAUCUUUAUUAUGAGGUGCGGCAAAAGCCCUCAAACACUGAAGAUUUUAUUGAAGAUAUUGUAAAGAUCAUUAAUGGAAGAUACAAAGGGCAAUCAGGAAUCAUAUAUUGCUUUUCUCAGAAGGAUUCCGAGCAAGUUACAGCUAGUUUACAGAAACUGGGAGUUCGUGCAGGUGCAUACCAUGCCAACAUGGAACCAGAAGAUAAGACCAAGGUUCAUAGAAGAUGGUCAGCGAAUGAAAUUCAGGUAGUGGUAGCAACGGUUGCAUUUGGUAUGGGAAUUGAUAAGCCAGAUGUGAGAUUUGUUAUUCAUCAUUCAAUGAGUAAAUCUAUGGAAAAUUACUACCAAGAGAGUGGACGUGCAGGUCGAGAUGACAUGAAAGCAGACUGUAUUUUAUAUUAUGGCUUUGGAGACAUAUUCAGAGUCAGUUCAAUGGUGGUGAUGGAAAAUGUGGGACAACAGAAACUUUAUGAGAUGGUGUCAUACUGUCAGAACAUAAGCAAGUGUCGCCGGGUACUGAUAGCUCAACAUUUUGAUGAAGUAUGGAACUCAGAAGCAUGUAACAAAAUGUGCGACAAUUGCUGUAAAGACAUUUCAUUUGAAAGAAAGAAUGUAACAGCCUAUUGCAGAGAUCUAAUCAAAAUCCUGCAGCAGGCAGAGGAAAUGAAUGAAAAGCUUACACCACUGAAACUGAUUGAUUCUUGGAUGGGAAAGGGAGCAGCAAAAUUGAGGGUAGCAGCUGUUGCUCCUCCCGCACUUCCUCGUGAAGACCUGGAGAAAAUUAUUGCGCACUUUCUUCUACAGCAGUAUCUUAAAGAAGACUACAGUUUUACAGCUUACGCUACCAUUUCAUAUUUGAAAAUUGGACCUAAAGCUAAUCUUCUGAACAAUGAGGCACAUGUUAUUACUAUGCAAAUAAAGAAGUCCACACAGACCUGUUUCAAGGCUGAAUCACCUCAGACUUGUCAUUCUGAAGGCUCUGAUAAAAAGAGGGAAGGAAAAAGUUUGGACACUUCGGGAAGAAGUCUGCCAACAUGUUUCAGCAAUCCGAGUCUAAGAAUACAGGGGCUAAGAAAAGAAAAAUCAAUGAUGCAUGAGAUGAGUGUUUCGAAAUUUUCCAAGAACAGAACAGUAUUAUGCAUGUAUGCACCAUUAUUUUUGUAGUUAAUCAAAAGUUUGACACUUUCAUUAAUAUUUUAUACACAUGGAGCUAUACUUUAAACACUUCUCUCUAAAGUAUUUAAAGACAUGAGAAUUUGAGACCUUUUGAAAAUUUAGUAGCAUGAAUCCUGUACAGUAUGAAAUGAGGGAAAAAUAAAUUUUAAUGUAAAACUAAAUGUAAAAUACUUAGGAGAGUAGAUUUACAUAACUAUCUUAAACUCUUUAUGCCUUGUACUUUUUUCUUUUGACAUAACUGUCUUUUGACAGCAAUGUUAUUAUACUGACAUUUUUACAUAUGCUCAUCACAAAAAGUGAGUGAUUUCAGGUUAUAAGAGAUGUAGAAUCCAAAUAUAGAAUGGAAUAAAGUAUCAAUACAAGGAUUAGCAAGUAAGGUGGCUCUCUACUUAAGUAAAAUAAAACUCUAAGCUUGAAAUGACAGCCCUAUUUUGACAUUUCACAGUCAAGGAAUGGCUCUGGUUUGCUAGCCAGGCCAAGCCUAGGGUAGGAACAGCCUAGCUAAAUUUGUUCCAAAAUAAAUCAUGAGGCAUCUCAGGUUAACACACAGAAAUGAAUAACUUGAAAAUUCUUACAUAAAUAGUCAAUUUUGUGUUAGAAAAAAAAUGUUACCUGUAUUGACUUCAUCUUUAGAAUUUUAUUUUUAAAUACUUUCCCACUAAAAUCAUGGUCACUUCUGUAUUUUUAACCUCAGUGUGGUCAUCAUUAAAUCAGUGCAGUCACUUAC